GCUGAUAAUUUGAUUACUUCGUUAAUAAUAAUAAGAAUAAAACCAGAAUGGCAAUGGCUAAGAGUGCUGUUAUUGUCUUCUCAAUCAUUGCUCUCUUCGGGGCAGCUAUGGCAGCUUCCUACGACGUUGGUGACACUGCCGGCUGGACUACAAAAGACAUGCCUGAUUACAAAAAAUGGGCUGACGAUAAGGACUUCAAAGUUGGCGAUACUCUUGUUUUCAAGUACAACCAAGAAAUGCACGAUGUGAUGCAAGUGAGCAAGGCAGAUUUCGAAGCAUGCAGUGCAAAAUCUCCAAUUGCAAAAUACACUACCGGCGCCGACAAAGUCACCCUCAAGGAGCCCGGGAAAACUUACUUCCUUUGCAGUUUUCCUGGACAUUGUGAAAAGGGCCAAAAAGUUGAAAUUGAAGUGGAAGGAACUGCAGAUGGCCCUGCUGCAGGCCCAAGUGGCGCCAAUGCUUCAAGCCCAACUGGGACUGCCAGCGGCGAUGCUUCAUCCUCAACUGCAAGUGCAGCAGGUGCAGACUCGUCAGCAGCAUCAACUUCAUCUGAAUCAUCAUCUUCAACCGUUAAGUUGAGUGGUGGUUUGGGUUGGGCACUGGCUUCAGUUGCAGCUGCUUUUGCUUUCUAGAUAGCUAUUACCUUUUAACUUUAAGAGCAAUUUCAUUUCAUAUUUACAUAUUUUUAAUACAUAAUUGAUAUGA